AUGCCCAUUACUCAUGCCCAUCACUCAUGCCCAUCACUCAUGCCCAUCACUCAUGCCCAUCACUCAUGCCCAUCACUCAUGCCCAUCACUCAUGCCCAUCACUCAUGCCCAUCACUCAUGCCCAUCACUCAUGCCCAUCACUCAUGCCCAUCACUCAUGCCCCAUCACACUCAUCACCCUUCACCCAUGCACCCUUCCCCACCCUUCCCCACCGCGUGUUACCCGUACCACAUCCCAUCUCAACCUCUCGUCACCUUCCCCACCUUACCUUGGCCAGUGAGCGUUCUUCAGCAGCCAGGCAGCCUGUGCGCCCCAUUGUCGUCCAGAGGGGAUGCCCACGGCACGCCACUCACCCGCCACUCACCCGCCACUCACCCGCCACUCACCCGCCACUCACCCGCCACUCACCCGCCACUCACCCGCCACUCACCCGCCACUCACCCGCCACUCACCCGCCACUCACCCGCCACUCACCCGCCACUCACCCGCCACUCACCCGCCACUCACCCGCCACUCACCCGCCACUCACCCGCCACUCACCCGCCACUCACCCGCCACUCACCCGCCACUCACCCGCUACUCACCCGCUACUCACCCGCCACUCACCCGCCACUCACCCGCCACUCACCCGCCACUCACCCGCCACUCACCCGCCACUCACCCGCCACUCACCCGCCACUCACCCGCCACUCACCCGCCACUCACCCGCCACUCACCCGCUACUCACCCGCUACUCACCGCCACUCACCCGCUACUCACCCGCUACUCACCCGCUACUCACCCGCUACUCACCCGCCACUCACCCGCCACUCACCCGCCACUCACCCGCCACUCACCCGCCAGUCACCCGCCAAAACCAUGCUCGAUGGUGCUGUUGAAUGGCGAGUGAUCGACUCACCGCCUCACCUGCUGCAUGCCUCCACCUCUGCCAUUUCACCGCGCUGCCUUUUUGCCCUAUCUUCUUUUCCCUCCAAUCACCUCCCGUUCCUUAUCCUCCCCUCCCUUCUCCCCUGCUUGCCCCUUCUCCCCUCCAAUACCUCCUCCCUUUCUCCUCUCUCGCCUUCGCCUACCCACUCGUUCUCCAUCCACGUGCCUCUCCUCCACUCUCCCCUCCACUCCCUGCCCCUUCUCGCGCCUGUUUCCACCCCUCCGCCUGUCCACUGCUUCCCUUGCUCCCACCCCUCACCUCGUUUCCGUCAAACCCAAGCCACGGGCUCCCGCAUCCUCACUUACUUCCCCCUCCCCUCUCUCCCUCGUCAUUUCUUCCUCUUUCCAUUGCUGCUCCAUCUCUUCUCCCAUCUCUCUUCCCUUCUCGCCUUUCUUUCUCCACCCUUGUCCUCGCCUAACCACUGGUUUCCAUCCACCUCCCUAUCACCCACUGUCCUGACCACGCUCUUCCCCCACUCUUGCACCUCUUCUCCCACUCCUGCACCUCUUCCCCCACUCCUGCACCUCUUCCCUGCAUGCUUCCUACUCUACCCCCGCCCGCCCCUCCUCCCCCCUACCCUCCAUCCCACCUUCCCUGCGGUUGGGAUGGGAUGGGCGGUUGGGAAUGGCGUCAAGGCCACCUGGGGAGACGACAGAGGAGUGGGUGGGGUGGGUGGUCGUGGGGUGCGGAAAUUUGACGUGCCGGAGGACAUUGAUGCGGGGGAGGAGAUGGGUGUGAGGGAGGAGAUGGGUGUGAGGGAGGAGAUGGGUGUGAGGGAGGAGAUGGGUGUGAGGGAGGAGAUGGGUGUGAGGGAGGAGAUGGGUGCAGUGCAGCGAGGGGUGUGGAUGCAAUCACCAAGGCAAGGUGUCAGGCGCUCCUCCGCGGCCCCCUCUUGCGCCCCUCCUCUGGUCCCUGGUGGCGCGCUUUCCCCCUUUCCCUCUCUCCCGCCCUUCCUCACCCCUCCGCCUGCCCCUUCCCCCAUCCUCCGCACUCCUGCUCCGCUCCCUGUCGCCUCGUUUCCGCCAAACCCAAACUCCACGCGCCCGCAUUCCCCCUUCCCCCUCCCCUACCUACGCCUCCCCUCCCCGCUCCGCCUCCCCUUCCCAGUGAGUGAGGCCGGCCGCCACUGCUAA